UAGUACUAAGAAUACGAAAAGGGCCUGUAAUCAUCCCACCUGCCCAUUUUCAAACUUCUUGUCCCAGAAGUCCCUUAUAUAGGUCGUUACCGUAUACUCCAAUCUUCAUUUUCUUUGAGACGCUUUAGAGACGUUCUAUUGAUAUAAAAACCAUUUGAAUUUGGGCAUCGACCAUGCAAGUUUCUCUGAUCCGCCUGCAAUGCGGGGUGAAUAGCUACGACUGGGGCAAGGUGGGCCAGGAAUCUGCGGCCGCCAGGUUUGCCUCCGCAACUCCCUCAGAUGACUUCUCCAUUGAGUCUGAGAAGCCCUACGCAGAGCUAUGGAUGGGAACACACACUUCACUUCCGUCGCGGGAUCUCGAGACCAAGCGAACACUUCUGGACCUUGUGCAAGACAACCAGGCCUUGAUGUCACAAGAUAUCAGCAAGCGAUUUGGCCCCAAACUCCCAUUUCUUUUUAAGGUCCUGUCAAUUCGAAAAGCUCUUAGUAUUCAGGCGCACCCGAACAAGUCACUGGCAGAACAAUUACACAAACAAGAUCCAAAGAACUACCCGGAUGACAAUCACAAGCCGGAAAUGACCAUUGCCAUCACAAAAUUUGACGGACUUUGCGGCUUUCGCCCGCUUGCCGAGAUCUCCCAUUUCUUAGCCACUGUGCCUCCGCUCCGACGGCUCGUGGGAGAAUCGAACGCGAAACAAUUUGAGGCGACUAUUCAGGGACGUGAAACCUCGGAAUCGGAGUCGGAUAAAGCAGAGAACAAGCAGGCUCUCAGAGAGGCUUUUGCAGCGCUCCUAAAAUCCGACCAGGAUUCAAUUGAGUCUGCAGCGAAGGAGCUUAUCAGCUCCGCAGAGAAGGACGGAAACAAUUUCGCGGGUGACGGUGGACCAUCAAACGAUGGCCAGGAGCUUGCAGAUCUCGUUAUUCGGCUCAACGGCCAAUUUCCGGGCGAUAUUGGUCUCUUCGUUCUGUUCUUCCUCAAUUACAUCAAGAUGGCACCUGGAGAAGCCAUGUUCCUCAAGGCCGACGACAUCCACGCCUAUUUGAGCGGAGAUAUCAUCGAAUGCAUGGCUUCGUCGGACAAUGUCAUCCGUGCUGGCUUUACACCAAAGUUCAAGGACGUUGACACUCUUGUCUCUACUCUCACCUACUCAUAUGCUCCAAUUUCUGAGCAGAAGAUGCAUCCUGUUGACUAUCCAUACGUCACGCUCUCUGCGGCCGCCUACUCAUCGAAUUCAUCAUCCAUACUUUAUGACCCACCGAUUGAUGAGUUCAGUGUCGUCAAGACAGAGCUUAAUAAGGCCAAUGCAAAGGCCACUUUUGAGCCUAUCGCAGGUCCUAGUAUUUUCAUCUGUACGGGCGGAGAAGGAAAAAUCAGAGUUGGGCCCAAAGUGGAAGAAGUCAAGCCAGGUUAUGUCUUCUUCGUGGGCGCAACAGCGGAGUGUGUCUUGGAAAGCACGUCGGAAGUUCCAUUUACGACGUUUAAAGCUUUUUGUGAUCUCGGUGGAAAGGAAGACGCUGAUCGCGGACGUCUAUAAUCUUGACAAUUUCGUAAUGGAAAUGGUCUCGGAGACUGUUUAAUUCCCAGAUGGAAAUGGACUGCAUGUUUGCUUUCUCGACAUGGGACAAUGCAUAGCUAUGAUAUACGAGUUUUCUUUGUAUGGAAUAGAUACCAUACCAAAAUUUUUCUGUUUUGAUUAAAUGAUACAAUCUUUAUACAUAAUAAUAUGGCG